CCUAGUGGUUGUAUAAGCGACCUUGGGCCUUUCAUAUGGUGUCGAAUAUCCUGUAUUCUAGAUGAUGGAUGAGAUGAACAGUUGUGUAUUCACAAGAUCAGUGGAUCGUAGCGAAGACGACUCACCUCCUGUGUGUUUGGUAGAACUUAUAAAUUCCAAAACAAAAGUUACUGAAACUCAUGAAUCUACCGAACUCUCUGGUGGUAAAUCAAAUUUAACUUUGCAAGAAAACUCGGGUGGUAGCUGUAAAGUCGAGGGAAUCUGCCCAACUAAAUCUGGCUCCUCGUCAAUUUCGUUUCACGACUUAAAGUCUGAAUCUCCUUUACCAGCCGUGACAUCUGCAGAUGACAAAAGUGAUAGUUUAUCAAAUACUCUUUCAUCGGAAAAUCAUCUACCUAGGUCAAUUGAUCUUGAAAACACUCACAUAUCAACUAGAAAAGAAUCGAGCUCACCUACUUCUAACCACCACGCUAGUAGGGAUGGUAAGGAAUCUAUAACUGGGGAAUAUUAUUUACAAUCUAAAUCGAAAAUGUCUACAUGUGAUCUCGAGGCGGAAGAUGAAGAUGACGUGGACCUCGAAGAUCGACCAUUAACCGUCGAUACUCAAGAAUCUGAUGAAGUAUUACUCAAUGAGUCUUCAAAAAAGACAAUUCUCAGUACGAACAACCCCGUAUGCACUAUAUCUCAUUCAGUAACUGAAGAGAAAGAGGACCCUACCUCCAGUGUUACAACUGCAAGUAAAACGUCACUUGUCGUAAUCCACAACACGCCAUCCGCCGUUGUAUGUUUGUCUUCACCACCUUCGUUUUGCCAAUCUACACUUUCAGUUCAAAACUGUCAAUCUACUAGUGUUUCCAACAAAAAUUGCUCUUCAGAGGGACAUCAUACUAGUGCUCCUGUUGCUUUAGCAACUGUGGCUCCUAUAAGAAUGUCAUCUGUGGGGCCUGAUUAUAGCCUUUCAAAUGAAAUUUUAAGACCUAUUAAACCUGCUCCACAAGAUACCCAGGCAAAUACGGUUAUAAGCAACCAGGCCACUCCUCAGGCUGUUACAUCAAUAUUUCCUAGCAAGCAUGAAAUUGUUUUUACAACAUCAUCUGUAUCUUACAAUCCGAAAUCUAGUCAAAGUAGCACAAAUGAAAGACUUAGCUUUCCUGCGGUUAGUAUCACCAAACCUGCGUCUAUUGGCACAACUUCAGUCACAAUUUCUAUUGCUCCUACUAUUAACUCUUCUGUGAUUACUACGCACAGCAUGCCAAGUAUAUUCAAUGUUAGAACACGUCCAACGGUCGCUCAGUCAGUACUUCCAGUGUUGUCUGUUGGUCCACAACCAGCUCCAUCUCUCACCACACAAACUUCUCUUUCAUCAUUACAAUCUCAAUCUACCGUACACUUUAUGCCUUUUGUCGGUAAUAUGCCUGUCACAAUGCCAGUUUCUGCAACAUCUACCGGUUUAAGAAAUGUUAUAAAUCACAACCAGGCUAUACCAAUUGCUGGUACACCAACUGCACCAUGCCCUCCGCUUCAAAUUUUCAACAUGACCCCCAUGCCACAAUUUAUGGGUACUCCUAGUUAUGUGCUACAUCCUACUGGGCCAGUUGCGGGCGCAAACAGCUUCCAGUUUCCUCAAGGAUCAACACACUUGCUACCUGGAUUAUCAGGAACUGCGGGAGUCGGUGGGGCAACAUUCAAUUUUUUACAACCACAAAAUUAUCCGUCAACCAUUUUCCCUCAGCCUCCCACUAUACCUGAUCUACUCAUUGACCCACAAAAUCCUAUGGGUUUAGGACAUUCUGUUUUAACCCCACCUACAUCGAUCGCUCUCAUAAGUGCUAUAAAUAACCCUAGUUCAUCAUCCUUCACAUCAAUUUAUCCAACUCUUUUACAUCCGCCCAACCAAAAUUUUUUCCCAACAUCAUCUACGCAUUCUGGUCCAGUGUCCUAUCCAUAUUCAACUGCCUUAGCGGCUGGUACAAAUUUGGUGAAUGCAACUGCACCACAAAUGGCUACUUCCUUAGUUCCCGCUGCAGUUACGAACUUUCCAAAUAUCCAUAACUCAAACGAAACAAAUUUCAUGUUUCAAUCUGGACCGCCACAUGGUACUUCUUUCAUUUCAAGUAAUUUCGCUCCAAAUCCGGGACAAUUGUUUCCGCCUUGUCAAUUCCCUACAUUUCCAAAUCUAUUUCAAACCAAUGAUAAUUGUUUAACUAAUACAUUUAUCUCAUCUAGUUUACCAACUGAUUUAACUUCUACUUGUGACACAAAAUCAUCUUUAAAUAUUAAUGGAAAUAGUCUUGGCGGUAAUAGUGGUACUUGUUUAUCAACUUAUUGGCCGUAUGCUAGUUCAAACGAUCUAAUAAAUCCAACAUCUAUUGUUCAAGCCACCAAUUCAACUCAUCAAACAGAUUAUUUACAAUCUGUUAGUAAUAAUAGUUUAAAUGAUCGAAGUAAAAUGAACGAUGUCAAUACAGACAAUAGUGGUGUUUUAAAUAAUCCUGAAAAUAUUAAUGGUGGGACUGCUACUACUACUACUACUACUACCACUAUUACCAUAAAUCCAUUAACUCAUGUACCAAUUAAUUCGUCAAUUAACAGUACGUUUACUACAAUAAAUACUACUAUCACUACUAGUAUCACCUCUACGUUAGAUAAUAAUAGUAAUAAUGGUAAUCAUAACAAAAAUAAUAUAGUCCCACUUAAUUCCUCGGCAACUGUCCUACCAGCUAUACGUCGUCGCCGUCGAUUAUUCGCACAAAAUGGUAUUAAACCAAUUACAAAUGUGAUUCAAAGUCCUUUUCUAAACCAUACUAAUUCCAUGAAUGAUGAGAGUAAUAAUUCUGCUGUGGUGAAUUCUACUGGUGAGGAUACAAAUAUUCCAACGGUAUCUGAUUCACAACUUUGUGCAAAUGUUAAUAAUAGUAAUGACAAUGAUAAUAAUAAUAAUGAUAGCAGUGUCGAUAAUGAUGUUGAUGAUAUUAUUAAUAUUAAUAGUGAUUCUCUAACAACAUGUGACAAUGAAUUGAAACAAUCAGACACUAUGCAGUCGUACGAUAAAUUGACCCCUUUUACAAAAUCAUCAACUACCACAAUACUCAAUUUCAGGAGCGACACGUUACAACAAUCUGUUGAAAGUGAACAAUUAUGUAAUCAGAUCUCUACUGAUAUUGAAUUUACUUCUAAAUUAUCGAAAGAAAUCCAACAAAAGGAUUCAGUAGAGUAUGAUGAUAUAACUAAGCUUCCUUCGUCAUCAUGUGCUACUUUUAUCAGCAGUUCCUUAAUAAUGACAACCAUAGUGACAACGCAACUAAUGCCAACUUUGUCAACCAUCAGCAUGACAUCAAAUACAACAAUUACUCCUUCACAAAUGAUUACUACUUCCUCUGCGAUCAGCCCAGAUUGUCGAACAGUAGCCUUAGAUGCAACCAAAACUCCUGAUCUUAAUCACAAUGUAAAUGGUUCAGUUUCUUCAACUUCUCUACCAUUUUCACCUUCAAAUGCUGAUAAUAAUAAUAAAUUGGUAUACAAGAACUCAGAUCUUUUACAAAAUGAAAAUAAAGUGGUAUCAGUUGGAAAAUAUGAUGACAAAGAAGCAGCAAAAGAUGUCGUUAAUAAUCAAAUGAAAUCACCGAUCAAUAGCACUUUACUAGUAAAUAAUGAUAUUGAUAAUAGUAGUGAUCAAAAAGAUUCAAUUAAUGCAAAUUAUUCAAAAUUAUUAAGCACAACUUGUGUUAGUAGUAGUGGUAGUAGUAAUAGCAUUAACGCUAGUAGUACAACAUGUUCUAAAUUGAAAUCAACGAUAACGCCUUUUGAAUUUCCUCCUCCACCUGUAAUUAUCGGUCCUGAUGAUCGACGUAUAUUAACUCAUUAUAUUGAUGGACAUAUUAUUUAUGAAAGUGAUAAACCAUUUCCAGUGAAAAAUGGUAUGAUAGUGGUUGAAACAGCUCUUAUGAAACAGCAACAGUCUUGUGUAGUCAGCUCUACCAAUUCACCACUUAAGACUUUCAUCAUGAAUGGUUAUGAAGACAGAAUAAUGAAUAAUAUCAAAUCACCUACAACUCCAUCUUUCUCAUCAUUGAAAACAACAGCUGUAAAACCUGUUGAUAACUGUGAAUCCGAGGCGUUUAUAGCUACUUCUUCAUCUAGAUUACCUAUUCAAGAUGUUGGUGGCUGUGGUAGUAGUUGGAUUAACCCACUGAAAGUGUCAAAUUCAUCAUCACUGUCUAUUGUAGACAAGUAUACGAAUCAUCCUGGAUCAAUUGUUACGUCUAAUUCCCCCUGUAUGUUGUUACAUUAUGAAACUCGACGUCGUAAACCAUCCAAUGAACAACAAUUGUACAACGAUAUUCAUGAUGAAAAUGACUCAUCAAAAACUAAUCAUUAUCAUCAACCCACACAAGGAAUUUUAGCAUCAUAUCCACAUUCUACUAUAUUGUCUUUAGCUAAUCGUAAUUCGGCUAGUGUGGUUUACACUCAAUCACCAAUUGUAUCAAUUCCUAGUCGAAAUGAUAGACAAUCAUCUUCUGAUAUGAAAGGAGGAAAUGAACCAACUAUUAUGGAUGGUAAAUCAAUUGAAAGUUAUUCACAUCAUUCCUUGAUCUCACAAUAUCAGAACACUGAAUCUUCAAUAUCGCUUAGCAAACCAUUAAAUGAAAUCCAGUCCAGUUCUGGAAUUAUGACUGGAUUAACUUCCACUGCAUUCAAUCAAUCUACAUGUCAACAACGAACACCAAGUAUUGCUCAAGCAAUGUAUGGUAUAUCUCAAACAAUUACACCAUCAUCUGGACUAUUAACACCUAAUCCACCACCGAAAGGUCCAAUAUAUAAAUGGACUCCUGAUGAUGUUGUUGCAUUUGUUCGUGGUACACCUGGUUGUGGAGCAUAUGCAUCGGCAUUUUUAAAUAAUGAAAUAGAUGGUGAAGCAUUAUUAUUAUUAGCUGAAGAUCAAUUUAUUCAACCACCGAUUGGUAUGAAAAUAGGACCAGCACUAAAAUUAGUUGCACGAUUAGAAUCUUUAAAGAAUUGUUGUUGAUGACAUUAUUUAGUUGGAUAACAAUCCGGAAUCUACACAUAGACACAGAUUUAUUUCUAUACAUAUAUUUUAUGCUGACUUAUUUAAACUUGAUACUCUUAAUUUAAGUUAUCACCUCUCUCUCUCUAUCUCUCCAUUGAAACAGUACACUUUUCUUCAUUCUAUAUAUUUAUAUUUCUUUCCGGUGAUAUUUAUCAUUCAAUAUAUGUAAACUUACAUCAGUUUCUCAUUUGACUUUCUUUUUUUUUCCACAACAUAGAGCAUUUAGCCUAAUCAAUCAAUUCAUAAAUCAUAUAUUACUAUUAUUAUUAUUGUAAAUAAGUAAAUACAGCAGAAUGAUGAACAGAUAGUGCUUUGUUCUCUUUCUAUCUAUUUGUAUGUAUAAGUGGCAGCAGUAUUAUCUGGCAUCAAUUCAUAGAUGACAAUGACGUAAUGAUAUUCAUCUAUUUCAAUUAAUAAUUCACUUGUUCUUACUGUUUAUUUGUAAAAGUAUUUAUUCAUUGACUAUUAUUAUUUAUUAUUACUGUUUUACCCUGUUGUUGUCGAUUGUUACCUUCUUCAAUACAAUAAUUUCAUAUAUCAUGUAUACGUAUAUUCAUCAAAUAAAAUUUGUUUUUAUUACUG